AUGGCUGGAGAUCUAUCCAUUGAAGCAGCAAAAAACAUUCCCAUGGACUUUUCUUCAGCAGAGAGCUUACCUGAUUCUCACACAUGGUGGUCAAAAGGAUGCUCUGACAUCAUUGAUGAUGGCUCCGUAUCCAUACCUGUUGUGGACCUCACGGAUCCGAAUGCCAUGGAAACCAUAAAGCUUGCAUGCGAGGAGUGGGGUAUUUUUCAACUGAAAAAUCAUGGAAUACCCUUAUCUCUGUUGAACCACGUGAAUGAAGAGAUCAAACGCCUCUUCUCUCUCCCAGCUGAGCAAAAGGUGAAAGCCUUGAGGCCUCCUGGGGCACAGGCUGGGUAUGGUUCUGCUUACAUUUCACCAUUCUUUCCGAAGGUCAUGUGGCACGAAGGAUUCACCAUUGUCGGCUCUUCCUACGAUGAUGCUAAGAAAGUUUUUACUAAUCAUGAUGAUUUUGCACGUUUCAGUGAAAAAAUGGAAGAAAUUCAAAAGCAGUUGAAAAAUGUAGUAGAGAAGGUAACAGGCAUGAUACUGAAUUUAUUGGGGGUGUGUGAUAAAGAGAAGAAAUGGGUGAAGAGCGAUAACCAAACGCUUCAAAUGAACUCGUAUCCAAGUUGUCCAGACCCAGAUCGAGCUAUAGGUCUCGCGCAACACAAAGACACAUCCAUCAUCACAAUUCUCCACCAAACCCAAGUCCAUCCCCAAACCCGAAGCCAAGUCCUGACCCAGGACCAAACCGGUGGGCUCCAGAUCUUCAAAGAAGGAAUCGGGUGGGUUCCGGUGCGCCCGGAUCCAGAUGCGUUUGUAGUGCAUGUCGGUGACAUCCUUGAGAUACUGUCGAAUGGGAAGUUCACAUCGGUGUUGCAUCGCGUCACAGUGAGUAGGAGUGCUCAUCGAUAUUCCUUUGCAUUUUUCCACAGGCCCUCACCUGAAAGUCCUCUCUCUCCUUUGCACUCUCAUCCUCGUUUUCGUGUUGUCACCUUGAAGGAAUAUGAUGCUAUCAAGGCCAAGGAUCGACCUAAUGCUUUGGCUUCCAUCUCCGUUUAA